GGCGAUAUUAUUGGAAAUAUUUGAAAAUAAUUUCCGGGCCGCGUAUGAUAAAAGUAAUUGUCUUUCGUUGAUUCUACUACUUCGAUUAUCAUUUAAUGUUGCAAACGAUGGAGGGAGUAAAACAUUUAAUAUAUUUCUUUGGUCUGUUACUAUUUCAAGAUGUUUAUUGCAACACAGUGUCUUUCUUGGAAGAUGGAAAAAUUGUUGGUGGCUAUAAAACAACAAUUUCGCAGUAUCCCUAUCAAGUAUUAGUUUUGAUGCAAGUAGACAAACAGAUGUAUCAAUGUGGUGGUUCAAUAAUAAGCAAACAAGUUAUUUUAACAGCUGCACACUGUCUAUACCAAAUAGAUAAAGCUUUUGUGAGAGCAGGACUUACAAACCAGGGUGAAAAGCAACCAUUCAUGGGUGUCAAAAAUUUUACAUGUCAUCCCAAUUAUAAUCCUAACACCACUGAUUACGACGUCGGUUUAAUCGAAUUAACUGAACCAUUGGUCCUUGAUGGAUUUACAAAAAAAACCAUCCGUCUUACAAAAAGUGGAACUCAAAUCCCACCUGGAACUAAACUCACUUUGACUGGAUGGGGAACUACAUCUGAAGGUGGUGCUGUAAGUGAUAACUUAGAAACUGUUGAAGUCAGUAUGACUUCUGAUACUGAAUGUCGCAAGGUUUAUGGCGACACCGUCACGGAGAGAAUGUUUUGUGCCGGUGUACCUGAUGGAGGCAAGGAUUCUUGUCAGGGUGAUUCUGGUGGACCAGUAGUACUGUCAUCUAGCAAGAUCCAGGUUGGAAUUGUUUCACAUGGGUACGGAUGUGCACGCCCAGGAGUUCCUGGAGUUUAUACGAACGUUGCAAGUCCAGGUAUAAGGGAUUGGAUACAAAGAUUAACUGGUAUUUAAAACGAAAACUACAAUGAUUUUUUUAUGCUCAUGUGUUUGAAAGUAAAAAAUCUGAUCUUAAAAA